AUGGCGCCAGAAUCACAUGCAUUCCGCUUCUUUGACCUCCCCGCCGAGAUACGAACAGCGGUCCUAGAGCUGGUGAUCCUCAACCCCUCAAGUGCCACCAACGUCGUGGCUACUGGCAAAACCCAUUCCAUCCCCGCGACCGAUACGCUACUUACGGACGUGUUUCUAGUCUGCGCUCAGAUGUACCAGGAAGCAUCCGCCAUCUUCUACACGCAGACUCAGUUCAAGCUCAACCUCGGCACGCGCCGGUUAUGUGAUCAGCUGACCGAGGAGGGGCAACUCUUCAGUCCUCAAGGUCAGGAUGCCCGCCGCCGGAUCCGGAAUCUCACAUUGUUAAUGAAGCGCAUCGGCGGCGACUUCGAGCGCAUGGUUGAGCCAGCGCUUAGCGAUAUGGUUCUGCGCGGCAGCUUGAGGAAUCUGGAGAUUCGGUUCUUGCCGCAGGAUUACGGCAAGGCGCGGGUCAUUGGACCGCAGGUAGGGUGGACGGCGAACCCGGCGGAGGCGGGGGAUUUGGUUCAUACGUUGCCGUUUCAGUCACUAUUGAGACUACUCGCGGAUCCGGAUUUAGAACAUGUUCAACUUUGGGUAUGGAAAGUUCAUUGGUCUAUCUGGUGUCCGUUCCACGAGGUGGUGGGGGUUGAAGGAUCCUGUGAGGCGAGGAUGCGAAAGCACGGCGUAGACUGGUGUCGAGUAGAUUGGAAGAAACUCGUCGAUGCUUAUGGAGAAGGGAGGAGGAUCGUCAAGGUGGGCGAGUCAUGA